CCAGCACCAUAGUUUUCGUCGCUGGCCCAAGUUAGAGGCCAACUGAGAAAUCGUCGUGCCUCAGAUUUGUUGACCUACAGAAUGCUUCGAUACCCACAUUUUUAUAGAAUAUAUAAAGAAUUUCUUUCAUGCUGGUUUGAAUCUGGCAUACUUAAAUUAGGUGUCUGGCCAAAAAACACCCAUACUACAGCAGGAAGAUAUAAUGAAUGUGAAGCCCAGAAGCAAACAGAUCAAACUGGAGCUCAGAAGUUACACAACUCUCCAGAUAGAGAUUGUGAAGCUAUGGCUAAAUUACAUAUUCCAGUAAUGGUGGAUGAAGUUGUUCGAUGUUUGGCACCACAAAAAGGGCAGGUUUUUCUAGAUAUGACAUUUGGUUCAGGAGGACACACAAGAGCCAUUCUACAGAAGGAAUCAGAUAUUAUUCUUUAUGCCUUAGAUAGAGAUCCGACAGCUCAUGCAAUUGCUGAACAGCUUUCAGAAUUGUAUCCUAAACAGAUCCAAGCUAUGCUGGGACAGUUCAGCCAGGCAGAAGUCUUAUUAAUGAAAGCUGGAGUUCAGCCAGGGACUCUUGAUGGAGUUCUUUUGGAUCUUGGGUGUUCCUCCAUGCAACUUGAUACUCCUGAAAGAGGUUUUUCCCUUCGGAAGGAUGGUCCCUUGGAUAUGAGGAUGGAUGGUGGCAGGUACCCUGACAUGCCCACCGCUGCUGAUGUUGUGAAUGCUUUAGAUCAACAGGCACUUGCAUCCAUCCUAAGAACAUACGGGGAGGAGAAGCAUGCCAAGAAAAUAGCUUCAGCAAUCGUUCAGGCACGCACUAUCUACCCCAUCACCAGAACCCAGCAGCUUGCCAGCAUCGUCGCAGGUGCAUUUCCUCCAUCUGCUAUUUAUGCACGAAAAGACUUGCUACAACGAUCUACCCAUAUUGCUACCAAGACUUUCCAGGCUCUUCGUAUAUUUGUGAACAAUGAGCUCAAUGAACUCUACACAGGACUGAAGACAGCUCAGAAGUUUCUGAGACCUGGUGGUCGCCUUGUUGCCCUCUCCUUUCAUUCACUAGAGGAUCGCAUCGUCAAACGAUUCUUGCUUGGAAUAAGCAUGACAGAAAAGUUUAACCUAAGUGUUAGACAGAAGGUGAUAAAAACAUCACAAUUGGAUUCAGGUCAUGAAAACCAGGAAGGAGUCUCUAUUAAAAAAGCUCCUUUAAUGUGGGAAUUGAUACACAAAAAGGAUUUAUUUAAAUUUGCACAAUCCUAUAGUGAAAUCAGACUUAGAAAAGAUUUUGGGGAACAAUGUGCUCAAAAUAGAAACAAAAGAAUACACCUAGGUUGA